CGGAGGAGGCAACACCACCACUAACGCCGCCUCCUCCGCCGCUGCUUUCGCUGGAAGGCGGGCGGAUGUACGGAGCAGCAGGGCCCCCGGCGCGAAGCGCCUCGGCUCCUGUGGUCCACUCGUUGCGGCGGCCGCCACCGCCUGCCACUGGGGUGUCUUUUAUGAAUAAUCAAAAGCAGCAAAAGCCAACGCUAUCAGGCCAGCGUUUUAAAACUAGAAAAAGAGAUGAAAAAGAGAGGUUUGACCCUACUCAGUUUCAAGACUGUAUUAUUCAAGGCUUAACUGAAACUGGUACUGAUUUAGAAGCAGUAGCUAAGUUUCUUGAUGCUUCUGGAGCAAAACUUGAUUACCGCCGAUAUGCAGAAACACUCUUUGACAUUCUGGUGGCCGGUGGAAUGCUGGCCCCAGGUGGUACACUGGCAGACGACAUGAUGCGUACAGAUGUCUGUGUGUUCGCAGCACAAGAAGACCUAGAGACCAUGCAAGCAUUUGCUCAGGUUUUUAACAAGCUAAUCAGGCGCUACAAAUACCUGGAGAAAGGUUUUGAAGAUGAAGUUAAAAAGCUGCUGCUGUUCUUAAAGGGUUUUUCCGAGUCGGAAAGGAACAAGCUGGCUAUGUUGACUGGUGUUCUUCUGGCUAAUGGAACACUUAAUGCAUCCAUUCUUAAUAGCCUUUAUAAUGAGAACCUGGUUAAAGAAGGGGUUUCAGCAGCUUUUGCUGUAAAGCUCUUUAAAUCGUGGAUAAAUGAAAAAGAUAUCAAUGCAGUAGCUGCAAGUCUUCGGAAAGUCAGCAUGGAUAACAGACUGAUGGAGCUAUUUCCUGCCAAUAAGCAAAGCGUUGAACAUUUCACAAAGUAUUUCACUGAGGCAGGCUUGAAAGAGCUUUCAGAGUAUGUUCGGAAUCAGCAAACCAUAGGAGCUCGUAAGGAGCUCCAGAAAGAACUUCAAGAACAGAUGUCCCGUGGUGAUCCAUUUAAGGAUAUAAUUUUAUAUGUCAAGGAAGAGAUGAAAAAGAACAAUAUCCCAGAACCAGUUGUCAUUGGAAUAGUCUGGUCAAGUGUAAUGAGUACUGUGGAAUGGAACAAAAAAGAGGAGCUUGUAGCAGAGCAAGCCAUCAAGCAUUUGAAGCAAUACAGCCCUCUGCUUGCUGCCUUCACUACUCAAGGUCAGUCUGAGCUGACUCUGUUACUGAAGAUUCAGGAGUAUUGCUAUGACAAUAUUCAUUUCAUGAAAGCCUUCCAGAAAAUAGUGGUGCUUUUUUAUAAAGCUGAAGUCCUGAGUGAAGAGCCCAUUCUUAAGUGGUAUAAAGAUGCACAUGUUGCAAAGGGGAAAAGUGUCUUCCUUGAGCAAAUGAAAAAGUUUGUAGAGUGGCUCAAAAAUGCUGAAGAAGAGUCUGAGUCUGAAGCUGAAGAAGGUGACUGAAUUUUGAAACGACACCUCAGUAACGCAAACAGGAGUUGUAG